CGUUAGCGUGCUGCUUUGUGCUGCUGUCGCCGGAGCUGAGCCUUUUCAGAAAAGAAAAAUGGGGUCGUCGUAUGAGGUAGGUAGCUAUGGUGUGUCUGUGUCUGGGACAAUGCAAUUGGACUGGACGGCACAGGAUUUAGCAUACUUUCUUUCGAACAGAGUGGACGGAAAUAUAGUAAGAUGUGAUUUCCUCCCAGACAAGAGCCGAAAACUGAAGAUUGCACACCCACUGCACAAUGGAGAUGCAGCAGCAGUGGCGUGUCCGGGCAGGCAUGCUGGUUUUGGGUGGCGACAUGCUCUUGUUGGCUUUUCGUCUGCACGAAGUGCCCACAAGGCAUCGAAGAAGGAGGUUGUCAUCCAUACUCCAAGUGGGAGAGAACUUUGCCUUCACAUAAGACUGGGAAAGCGACUAAGGCUGCUUGUAGAUAGAGUCGAAGAGAUGUUGAGAAUGGAUGAACGCGAGAGAUUAUCGUCGAAGAUCCAUCAUGGGUUAUCGUCCAAGGACAGCGACAGCAGGCAACGGCAAGCCCCACGUCAAACGGCAAGCGCAGAACGACUGGGUAUCACUACUUCGCUCCCUGGCACAGAAGAUGGUGACUCCCGUGGCCGCAAGGACAGCUCAAAAGCUUCUGAUUUAGAACCAUGGCUGAAUCCUGUAAAGCUCAAGGAAUGCACUCUGUAUAUAGGCAGGAGGAAGUGUCAACGAGCACAUGGUAACUGUGAGACUGUUAAAGAUGGGAACCCCUCCAUGGCCAUGGAUGUGGCAUGGGUCUCCUGUCCUGAGGCAGUAACACUCGAGUACGACUUUGGGGAGCAAAGCGUCAGAUUGUCAUUACAAAUGCCAUCGGCCAAGGAACCGCAUGGUAUGGACUCUGCCAAGAAUUGCAAGCCGCGGGAGGUUCUUAUGGAAAUUCCAUUUCAUUUUAUUGGUAAGAAGGCAUUUGCUUGUCUGCAGCAUGUGCUACUUGCGGAAGAUCAGAGGGGAAUAAACUGUGUUAAUAAUGAGCCCGCUCGCAAAAAUGACGGUUUGUUACUCUACCUGGACAAUCAACCAUUCCUUUAUGAACGCAGCAUCUUAUCUGUGCAUGUGGCACCCAACUCUGGUGUCGAUCCUCUCUCGUGGUCCAAAGAUGGCGCCCACGUUUUGGUGCGAACAGGCGAUUUCACACGGGACGCGGUUAUCGGGUCCUGUGAACUGUUUGUUAUCGUCUUUUCAUCCAAGAAGGAUGAUGCAUUAAGGAGGCUGCGAUUCUUUGUCGAGGCUCAGUGCGUGCGAUCCGAGUCCGCUGGCAGCUCCUACCCUGUGAAUUGUCUCAAGGAUGCAGUGAACGUCCAACUGCACAACCUGCCGUCUGUCGAAGGCGUUCCUUUGGCGGCUACGCUUACAGGAGGCGAUACAAGGAGGGUAGGUGAAGGCAUCACGGGCAGUAAGGAGGAAGUGGAUAGUUGCAGCUCGGAAGUGUACUCUGUCGAUGCGGCGUCUCCGAUGGACAGAACCGUGAGAACACGCCAACCAGCAGCUUGGAACCCAGGGAUGGAAGAAGCCAUGAGAGACAUCCCAUUUCCAAUUGCAGUUCAACUUGGCAUGCUUAUUGAUAAGAGGAUUGUCUGCAAGGAGUCGGUAACAGCUGCAUUCUUGUCGAAGUUGCAAGACAUUCUGCACAGGCUUCAGUCUGCCGAAAAAGCAUCAAUGACAUGCGGUCGUUGCAGAGAAGACAAGGCAGUGGCGGUGGUGGAAUCAGCACUGGCAAGCCUGAUGAUAUCUAAAUCACCUGAAGCAACAACUGCCCAAGGGAUCGAUUUCAGUAGCUGCCACUGUGUUGACCCAGCAGAGUACUUAUCCAAAAAGUACGACGGGGAUUCCGUUGCACAGAAUGGAAAUGGCAGUCCGUGUUGCGCAAAUGCACAGCUUGGGGGGGACUGCGCCGUCGACACCCCUGCCGAGAUGUCAGCCCAUGCUAAUGGGAUGGGGAGUGAGGAUGGCAGAGGUAAAAAUAGAUCCAUUGAAAGCAACAGCAGUGCUCCCAGUUUUGCACUGAUAUACCGCAUCCUAGUGACCCCUACGCGAGUGGUCUGCUCAGGUCGGCAGAUUGAAGUAUCGAACCGGGUUGUGCGGCAUUUUCGCCAUGUGGAAGACCGUUUCCUGAGAGUGAAGUUUGUAGACGAGCAUUUGGAGGGAAUCUGCCCCUGGGCACUUGUUGUCGGCAAUGAGAAGCAUUCGGAGAGACGCAGCGGAAUCUACAAACAAUUCCAAAGAGUCCUGCGGGAUGGGGUGAUGCUAUUUAACAGACACUAUGAGUUCUUGGCUUUCUCGACCAGCCAGCUGCGUGAGCAUUCAGCAUGGUUCUUCGCAUCUGAGACUGGACAAGAAAGUCAUAGCUUAAUAGCAAUGGAAGAGCAUGUGCGAUGUCAACGCCAGCUAUCUCGUUUAAAGGCGAUCGCCUUCAUGGGGGGGGGAUCGUCCGUUAGCGAACCGAACAGCUCGCUCUCAUCUCUAGAACAGAAUGAAAUGAUUGAGUGCUCUAGCAGUCCUGCAGCUGCAGACCCUCUGCUGCACGAAGGGGAUGGCAACGAAGAGGAUAAGAAUUCGCGGGAAGAUCGCGCGAGUGCAGCUGCAGUUACGCGUUCUGGAGCAGUAACAGCCAACGCAAUCCGCGGCUGGCUGGGAGAUUUUUCUUCUAUCGGAAAUCCUGCAAAAUGCGCUGCGAGGAUGGGGCAAUGCUUCUCGGCGACACGUGUGGUUGCGGUGCUUGAUGACAAGGAGAUUGACUGGGAUUUGCCAGAUAUUGAGCGAGGGGGGUACGUGUUCUCUGAUGGUGUUGGAAAGAUAUCGCCUUCGUUUGCAAGAGAGAUCGCUAUGGAGCUUGGCCUCGUGCCACCGGAUCCCUCAACAAAGCUACCGGGCCAUCGCUACCCUCACAGCUGUGAGAAGCUGUCCGAUGGUACCACCGGUCCCAAGCGGCCUGUCAUCAAGAUAAAUGGUGGCAGGAUGUCAAGCGAACACCAGUGGACUUUGGGACAAGGGUGGCAGCAGGUUCAGAAUUUGGCAGUGCCGUCCUCGUUUCAGGUUCGCUUUGCGGGCUGCAAAGGCGUUCUAGCAGUCGAUCCGACGCUGGAGACACUGCCAUCACCAGCGAGUCACUGGGGAAAACCUGGAGCGAAACCGGCAGCGAAGGUAAAGAUAGCCAUCCGUCCAAGCAUGAAAAAGUUUGAGUCUCCGCACCGCGAACUGGAGGUCAUCCAGUGGUCGGGACCGCGCAAAGCGUAUCUGAACCGUCAAUUAAUACUGUUGUUGUCAACCCUGGGUGUAAAAGAUGAAGUCUUUAUCGCGCUGCAAGAGGAUAUGGUAAAAUCUCUUGAUGUCUUGAUCAGGAAUAGCGGAAGAUCGGUGCUGAAAACAUUGCACCAUCUGGGCGGCGACUGCGGUUCGGCAGCCUCGCGGUCCCUUAGCAAGCGGCUGAAAUGGUUGAGGUCGUUGCACGAUCUUGGUCAGCAAAAUAAGGAUCCAAAGGGAAUCAGCAUUGUCGCGAAAGACGCGAUUCUUGAGAAUCUCCUUGGCGACUUCGACAAGGAAGUGAAUCGGCAAGUCCCACGACAAAGAGUCAAGAGCCACGGCGGAAUCUCUUCUCCAGCGAUGAGCAUAAUGAUUGCAAUGCUCGCAGCAGGAUUUGAUGCAGACACAGAUCCAUUCCUGCAUUCUCUCCUCAGGUCCUUUUGUCUUGCAAAAAAAACAGACCUCGAACAGAGGGCGCGAAUCCUCGUUCCGGCAGCUUGUCGUGCAAUUGGGGUCAUGGACGAGACGGGUACGCUUCAGUAUGGAGAGGUGUUCCUCCAUGUAACUUCCCGAUUUUCCAAUGGGUCAAGUAUGCACUCAGCAUCUCCUCUUCAGCAGUGCACUUCAGCCGGUCAAAUCCGAACCCCGUAUGGUUCAGCAACCCAGUCAUGCUCUUCAUGCUCUUGUGAGUGUGGCAAAGGUUCGACACACUCCGGUGCGAUUUCCCAUCUUGGAAAGCGACAACGAGAAGAGCAGACCUUGUCAGUCCGAGAAUCCGCCCUUGUCCCUGCUGCGAAGAAGAAGGCAAUCACAGUAUCGAGUGAGGGUUGGAUGAGACGUGAUCAACGGUUGAGAAAGGAGAUCACAAAAGGAGGUAGAGGAGGUAGCCAAGUCAGAGGGCGCGGGAGUAACGAUACCGGCGUCGAGUUACCGGCAGAUCACCCGCGGCCCUCAGCAUGCAACUGCAGGUGCCAUCUCAAGAAUCGUUUAGAGAACGACCGUGGGGAAGAGGAGGAGAGAGGAGACGGGACUUUCAUACCCAGUGGACGACGUGUGGUCUUUGCACGGAACCCCUGCCUGCAUCCUGGAGACAUCCGCACAGCGACGGUGAGGGAUGUACCUGCGCUUCGACAUCUAAGGGAUGUGAUCGUUUUCCCUCAACUGGGUCAUCGUCCGCAUGCAAACGAAUGCUCGGGGGGUGAUCUGGAUGGUGACGAUUUCUUUGUCUCAUGGGAUGAAAGACUUCUGCCGCCUCGAUCAAGCGUACAACCCAUGGAUUACGAUAGUGGACCAGCUGGGAAUUCUCCAGCAGGUGCAGCAGCAGCAAGUGGUAUUGAAGCAGAGCAAGAGGAUCGGUGUGGUGUGAAGAACACAGUGGAAACGCCAAUCAACAUUCAGGAAAUUCAAGAUGUCUUUUUGAAUCACAUGAGCAGCAGCCAACUUGGUGUUAUCUGCAAUGCAUGGCUUGCAACUGCUGAUCAAAGCCCAUAUGGUGCCAGCGACAAGAAGUGCAGAAAACUGGCGGAACUCGGCUCCAUCGCUGUUGAUGCUGCAAAGACCGGUGUGCAUACUUUGGAUACUACCAUGCUUGGCCCAAAGGCUUACCCAGAUUACAUGGAGAAGCACGAUAAGGAGACGUACGAGUCAGCACAUAUUUUGGGGGUUCUCUACCGAAGGUGCAAAGAUUGGUUACCGUCAACAGGAGUUGGGAGAAGCGAAGAUGGAAUGAAAGUGAAAGGACCAGCAGUAUCCACAGCAGAGCCGGUGGUAGCAGCAGCAACGGAAGGUGACGGAUCGAGUAGGGGUGCCAGUGGCGCUUACGCAAGAGGCAGACGGAAAUGUCUGCCAGUAGACAGACACCUCCUGGUCGAUGGUCAUGACAAGUAUCUUUGCGAAGCCUUGAGGCUGAAGAAGCUUUAUGAUGCACAACUCAGGAAGUUGAUGAUGAAGUAUGGGGCCUCUGAUGAGCUGGAUGUGAUGGCAGGGAGAGUAUCGGGCAGUCCAGCAGCCUACACAACCGGGAAACUUUCUGCUACCUCUGUCUCUCGUACAAGUGGGGAGGAUGGAGACGGUGGCCGGUUGAUUAUUGCGUUCUCCGAGCUGCGCAGGAGUAUUCGGCAUCAGGCUUUCUGGGAAAUGUUUGCUGAGAGCUACCUGUAUGGUAAUGAGGAGAGAGACCGCCGGACGUCGGCUGGGGGGGGGCAACUCAGUACCCGGUCAAACGGCGGUGGAUUUUAUGGAUGCCGACAGAAUGAACAGCAUGUACUACCUCUGACAAGGGGCAGCCAAAGGGAUAAGAAGCUUCUGGAAGAAAUGAGGGCCAAGGCAUCUGCCUGCUAUGCUGUGACAUACGACAGCUGUUCUCUAGAGAGAAUCGGUGUGAUACAAAAGGAUGGUGACGAGUGGGAGGGAUUCCAUUUGGCAAUGCAGGAAGAGGAGGAGAAGGAGGAGGAGGAGGAGGAGGAGGAGGGUCAGGAGCCACUGUUGAGCUUCCCUUGGGUUUUCUAUGAUAUCCUUUGCGAUAUAAAAGCGAGCAAACUGGAAAUGCAGCAGAAAGUUGGACGGCCACUCAAGUGAAAGAGAGGAUUUUCAGACAAGGGGAAACAUCAUCAUCAUCAUCAUCAUCAUCAUCAUCAUCAUCAUCAUCAUCAUCAGAGGAGGAGGAGGAGGGGAUAAAGCAGCCACAAUCUA